AUGGUAUCAAAAAACAUUUUCGCGGAGCCUAUUGAUGUCAAAUUGCCGCCUUCUCAAAUCUCAACUCGAAAGGACCACCCUGUGCCGCGCAAGGGAAUAUCAGAAAAUGGACCGCUUCAGACAAACAAGUUUUAUUCCAAUUUCUUUCUGGAAGAUCAGCGGUGCCCGACCUUUACUUUUCCAUAUUCAGUAGCCUGGGCUGGAGGCAAAGGAGUGACGGCCAGCUGGGGAAUGGCUUGUUCCCACACCGAAGCUAGCCAGCGGGUAUUCGGGAAGGAGAAGUUUAAUGGUGCUUCGUCUUACUACCUCAACCCCGUAGGCAUACACUCUUUGGUUAUUUCAGCCAAAGAAUUGGGAAAGGAAACUGCUCUCAGUAUCGAUAGCAUGACAGCUUUCUCUGCGCGGGUCCAUCUCAGCAAGGAUAGCGAAUCGGAACCGGCCAUCUCGUUCCCCUUGGUACAAGGAAUGGCAUAUAUCACGGCACAAUACAGCGGCGCAACCCCCGUUAUACAGACUGGUGUAUUCUUCAAGACUAUGACUCGGGUUACACGAAAUCUCAAGUCGGACCUAUCCAAGUUCACAUUUGAUCUGGAAGAUGGAUCAACUUGGCUGGUGUACGCUUGGAAAACAAGGGGGGAGCCACUGGAGCUCAAAGUGGUCAAUAAUGGCUUCGCCGAAUCAAAGAAGCCCUUUUAUGGCAUUAUUCAAGUCUGCAAGUGCCCGAAAAACCAAGAGUCUGAGAGACUUUUGGACGAUGGUGCGGGCAUUUAUCCCGUCACGUUAGAAUUGUCUGGUACGGCUCGCGGUUAUGAAGGCAGCUAUUCAUUCAAUUUCGACGUUGCUGGGCAUCAGACUGGCCAUGUAUACAUGUAUGCUCUUCCUCACCACGUCGAAUCCUUUGACAGAGAGACGGAGAAGCGUAUACAAAAACAGGCACAGCUACAGUCUACCACAAAGGGUCUUGCCACACUAGUAAGGGGGAAUCGGUGGACCAUGAUUGAAUCCGAGAUGCCGGUUGAUAUGUCUUUUGCUCCCUGGGAUCCUGAAAAAGGAAGCGUCGAGAAGCUGUCGGACCACGCAAAGAGCACCAUCCAUGCAGCGGCUGCAAAAGAAGUAGCACAGAAUAUGAUUGCGCAGAGCAAUCUAGAUUCCAUGUACUUUAGUGGAAAGGCCCUGGCCAAGUUUGCAACAAUCCUCUAUGUGAUCAAGCACAUGUUGGGCGAUAAAGCUCUAACAAACACUGGACUGGGGCAACUCAAGGCGGCAUUUGCCACGUUUGCAGCCAAUGAACAAAAGUUUCCUCUUGUUCACGAAACCGCUUGGGGUGGCAUUGUAUCAUCUGCAAGCUAUGUCACGGGUAAUUCUGGCGCCGACUUUGGAAACACGUACUACAAUGAUCACCAUUUCCACUACGGCUAUCACAUUCUUGCUGCCGCAAUCAUUGGUCACCUGGAUUCAGACUGGCUCAAGCAAAACAGAGACUAUGUCAACAUUCUGGUUCGAGAUGUAGCCAAUCCCAGCGCCAAAGACAAGCUCUUUCCCAUGUGGCGCAACUUUGACUGGUACCACGGCCACAGCUGGGCUCACGGUCUCUAUGCCGCUAUGGACGGCAAGGACCAAGAAUCAAGCUCAGAGGACAUGAUGCACGCGUAUGCCAUCAAAAUGUGGGGCAAGGUCAGCAAGAAUGCUGAUCUCGAGGCAAGGGGCAACUUGCAGCUCUCCAUCAUCGCCCGUAGCUUGCAGAAUUAUUACCUGUACAAAGACGACAACAAGGUACAGCCCAAGCAGUUUAUAGGCAACAAAGUCGCAGGCAUCCUUUUCGAGAACAAGGUGGAUCAUACGACGUAUUUUGAUCCUAACAUUGAGGCCAUUCAAGGGAUUCACAUGAUCCCUAUCCUACCCUCGACGCCGUUCGUGAGGACCAAGGAUUUUGUACAGGAGGAAUGGGACGCAUUUUUCAGCAAUGGUAGGAUUGAUGACAUUGGCAACGCCUGGAAGGGCAUCAUUUGGGCUAGCUAUGCCUCAGUCGAGCCCAAGAAGGCAUGGGAAUUCUUUAGCUCGCGGUCGUUUAGCCCUCAGUGGCUGGAUGGCGGAGCAUCGCUGACGUGGUUUAUGGCUUAUUCUGCCGCUCUUGGAGAAAUAUGA